AUGGCAGGUCGCUAUUCAAUACAAUGUCUAUUACGUCUAUUUGCUAGUUCACUGAAAAUUCGCCAUGUAAAGAUUGAUCGUUUAUAUAGCAAUCGGUACCAUUAUUUGCCAAUUCCUGACGCCAUUGGACUCAAUAAUCUCUCAUCGUUGAAAUUCGGUAUUGCAGAUUGUGUCAAAUAUGAAGAUUUGACACUGCUAUUAUCAUUAGCACCGGUUUUAAAAACAUUAUACAUUAGUAACCUCGAUGAACGAAUACAUGCUAAGUAUUUUAAUGCCGACGUAUGGGAACAUCUAAUAACAUCAUUGAAGGAGUUAAAAUAUUUCACAUUAAUACUCAAUUCCUACGAUAAGGCCAUUCUUGAACUCAAAAAAAUGUUUGAUGAACGUGAUUUCUGGCGAUCUAAACGUAACAGUUUUCAAACAGAUAUCCGUUACCAUCUUUUAGAAUAUUUUGAUCAUUACGAGUAUGAUUAG